AAGCAAUCUAUGUACAAAAGCAAGCCUUCAAGUAAAGACACAGAGCAAAAGGCAAGCUUUGUAUCUUCUUUGCCUAGGCACCUCCAGCUCCAAAUAUUUAAUAAAAUGACAGGUACCAGUUCGGUUGCAUCACAGAAAAGGUUAACAGGCAAGGUGUCAAUCAUAACCGGUGGCGCGAGCGGCAUAGGAGCAUGUGCAGUGCAACUUUUCCAUGACAAUGGUGCUAAGGUCGUUAUUGCCGAUAUCCAAGACAACCAAGGCCAAGCCCUAGCUCAAAAAUUUGGUGAAGUUGUUUGCUACAUCCACUGUGAUGUCUCAAACGAAGAUGAAGUUAGCAAUCUUGUUGACGCCACCGUUAAAAAAUAUGGUAAGCUUGAUAUAAUGUAUAACAAUGCAGGCAUCCUGGAUCGUUGUUUAGGAAGCAUUUUGGACACCCCAAAAUCAGAUCUAGAACGCCUAAUUGGUGUAAACCUGGUAGGUUGUUUCCUUGGAGCCAAACAUGCAGCUAGGGUCAUGGUAACCCAAGGUCAGGGUUGCAUUUUAUUCACCGCCAGUGCUUGUACAGCUAUUGGUGGACUUGCAACUCCCGCUUAUGGAGUGACCAAACAUGGCAUCGUGGGGUUAGCGAAAAACUUAGCGGCUGAGUUAGGGCAGUAUGGUAUAAGAGUAAAUUGUGUUUCGCCAUUUGGAGUAGCAACCCCCAUGUCUGGGGGAUUUUCAGCAGGUACUGCAGCAAUGAUAGAAGAAUCACUGGAACAAAUGGGUAAUCUAAAGGGGAAGAUCCCCAAGGUGGAAGACGUGGCAAGGGCUGCACUAUACUUGGCUAGUGAUGAAGCAAAUUAUGUGAGUGGGCUGAAUCUUGUCGUGGAUGGUGGGUUCAGUGUUGUUAAUCCUACAGUGAUGAAAGCUCUCUACUCCGCUAAACUAUAAGUUGAUCUCGUUGAUGUGCUUCUUUCUUGGUUUCAAAAAAUUAGCAGAAUUCGCAACGUAUUCGGAAAUGUGUUGAAGAAUUUUUUAAUUUGU